CCCCGAUGCUCCCUGAUGGACAGCUGGCCGCUCCUUUCCCUAUUCGCAAAUUAGUCCCGCCUCUCCCGGUUUGAUUGACCAUUGGCCCCGCCUCUCCCUUAUUGAUGCACAGUUGACCCCACCUCUUCCUGAUCGAUGGAAGUUAGCCCCGUCUCUCCCGGAUAGGUGGCCCCGCCCCUCUGAAUCCCGGAUGCUGCUGCCGCAGAUAUGGCGGAGAGGAACCGAGGCCUCGGUUCAGGUGCAGUGGACCAAAUGCUUGAUGCAGAAAACAAACGAAUGACCGAUAAUUUGUCCAGUAAGGUGUCCCGGCUCAAAUCGAUUGCUCUGGAUAUUGACCAGGAAGCUAGUGACCAGAAUAGAUAUUUGGAUGGCAUGGAUUCUGACUUUUUGAGUGCUACUGGACUUUUGACAGGAAGUGUGAAGAGAUUUUCCUCGAUGGUGAAAUCUGGUCGGGACAACAAGAAACUGUUGUGUUAUAUGUCUAUUGGGCUGGUCCUUCUUUUCUUCAUCCUGUACUUCCUUAUCAUGAGAAUUCAGACUUGAUCUUUUUACAGUCGGACAGUGUGAUGAGGAAUAGAUCCAGUGACCAGAGAAUAUUUGCCAAACUUCCUUUGGAUACUGCUAAAAAGGCUGACUGCCCUUCCUUUUGCACCAAAGUUUCUUCACAAAACAAGAUUUCAAGAGGUUCCCUCGAUCAGUCUGGGAAUGAAGAUGAGCUUUCAGGGAGAGAUGAGAGAACAUGAUUUUAUAUGACACUAUAGUGCUUGUGACAUGAAAUUCAUAGUGCACACUGAUGUACAGUGCAAAAACUUGAUUAACUUUCACUGAGAAUGCAAACAUAAAACUGGAUCAGAGCCCCAUUUCUCACUUGAAGCGAGGAGAAUAAAUUGGGGCCUCCAUACAACCCAAAUAAAACUAAUUUUUAAAAAUUAUUAAGAAAAGGAUGUUUUAGAUUUAUUGCUUCAUGACAUAAUUUAAAUAUUGCAAAGGAUGUUUUGUAUGAUUAAUUCCAAAGAUGAUGAUCCUUUAUUGACUUAAUCUUUGAUUUUGAGGAUUUAUUUUUCAAAAUUUUUUUUUGCUAAAUAUGUAGUCGUGAAGUAUGUAAAUUGUUAGUGUUGCUUUCAUCUUUCUCAGAAUAAAUAUUGAUCACCCAAAAUGUUUUAAACUUG